UAAGAUUUCAGUAGUGCAGGGAGUUUCCUGGUGGUCCAGCAGUUGAGUCUGAGCUUCCUCUGUAGGGUACAUGGGGUCUAUCCCUAGUCUGGGAACUAAGAUCCCACAUACUGUGCAGCGCAGCCAAAGAGAAAGAAAGAUUUUAGUAGUGCCAAGCAUGCUCCAAGACUUCUGAACUUAAACUUACAGCAGCAGUAGUAGUAUAACUCCCUUUCCCCCACACCCUCAUCAGCUCUGGGUGCUAUCAGGUCUUACUGAUGUGUGAAUAUGGUAAUGAAACCUACUGUCAGAUUGUUUUGACUUGCAGCUCUUUGACUACAGAUUCUGUGCUGCGGGACUACUUGUUUUCCUUGUGCUAUCCUAUCCGUUAUCUGUUUUUGUCUUGGCUGUAUUGUUUACUUGUCGAUUUGUGAGAGUUCUUUAUAAAUUGAGGACACCAAGUACCUGGACUAUCAUUUCCUUGUUUCUUCCUGCUUUUUCUUUGCCCACGGUUCUCGCGAGGCUGUGUGUUCUAGUUGGCUGUGUGUGUUUAUGUGUAUGAGAGAGAGAGAGAGAUGAGGAGGGAAAUGGCGAAGGGAUGCAGGUGUUGUAAAUGUCUCUAAUGACCUCACAGCGGCCACGUGGAUUUUCUUCCCAUUAUUGUGCUCACCUGAUGACAAAGUCAAGGGUCAGACUUGAGAAACUCUGGUCAGGUGUCUUUGAGUGUAUCUGAAACAGCCUGAGAGUAGGAGCAGGCUGUAGAGAGUUAACUGCAGAAGACAGUGUACUGUGUCCAAAAGGACUCCUGACACCGUCCCAAGAGCUUUGUGGUUUGUGCUGGCCAAUUAAAGAAACUGUGGCCCUAGGAAACCCUAGUUGGAAGCUUACUGGAUGCUUUUAAUGGCUCAAAUUAGAACCACUUGUAAAAUAAACAAGGAGAUAUUUUCCAAUCCCAUCUUCACUCAUCCGUCUAAGACAGAGCCAGAGGGGAAGAAGAUGGGACCCCAUCCCUGAUUUGGGCUGAUCAGAUCAGGUGUUAGGUGUGCGCUGAAGUUCACUUUAGUUCAAGUGUUAGAAAACAAAAAUGCACCCAAUUUUCGCAGAACAGGGAGUGGGAAACUUUCUUUAAGGCAUUGAUCAUCUUCCACUCGAGAACAGAGGUAGUAUCUUUAAGGAAUUAGAAAACACAAACGGCCACCUUUGUUGUUUUUUAAAAUUCCACCUGACACAGUGAUUGAGUAGGAGACCUUGGGGUCGCGAAGAGGCAGACGCGACUUAACUGAACAACAACAGAGGAGACCGUGUGGGCGUCUGUAGCCCCGAACCACAGAAGAGGUGCCUGCGGCCAAUGGGUCACCACCAGAUCAAGCAAGGGACCUGUGAGGUGGUUGCAGUGCACAGGUGCUGCAACAAGAACCGCAUAGAGGAGCGAUCCCAGACGGUCAAGUGUUCUUGCUUCCCAGGACAGGUUGCUGGCACGACUCGGGCUCAGCCCUCUUGUGUUGAAGCUUCCAUCGUGAUUCAGAAAUGGUGGUGUCACAUGGAUCCUUGUUUGGAAGGAGAGGACUGCCGAGUGCUGCCCGAUUACUCAGGUAACACGGUAGCAAAGAGAGAGGUGCCUCCACGCUGGAGGAGGGACGGGCGGCAGCGCUCUCCUGUUGAGACUGCAGUCCUGGACUCUGCGGGAAAUUGUCUUAGAUUUUACCCAUGCCACAUGGGCAUAUCUGUGCUAUGAAUGGCGGUGUUUACUUAACUGUUCCAGCUCUCACUGCCUUGUGACUUGACUACAGUGGGUUAUAACCAUGGGCUGCCACGCACCCAGCGGACAGCCUACCUGGAUUCCUAAGGAACAUACCUCCAAGAGACUCUGGACCAACAAACUGGAAGCUGGAAAAAUGGAUCAUCACUGAAUGAAGAAGGCUGUUUCUGCAGCUUCUUUCUGCAUUUACACAGGAGCACGGACCUGUUUCUGAGGAUCCUCAUUAUCUUCCUCCUGUGAACUUUUCCUUCAGCCCUGUGUUGGUCAUUUGAAAGGGUCCAAAUAACAAAACAUUUUGGCAGAACAUUUUUUUUUUUGCAGAUGUAGAUCGAUGAACUCUGAUUAAUUGGUGAUGAAAAUUUAUUUUAUAAACCUUGAGGAAUAGAAGGACUCAUGUUGGGGUUACUGUGUGUGCAUUUGUUUCAGUUUUAAAGUCUCUGCAUUGUAAGGUCCUUUGGCAGGUCAGCAGAAAUAAAAUGCUCCCGUUGUAACUUCUGUGCCAUUUCACCCAGUGCUAAGGAAGUGUAUCAACCCCAAUAGUUUAUAACCAAAGCCCUCUCAUGACUGACAGAUACACAACAGAAAGGAGGACCCGCUGGGAUUUCUAUGCUUAAGUGUAGGCAGAGAGGUAAAUCAUUGAAAAUAUAGAACACUUUCUGUUUAGACCAAGGGUGAUUUCUUAGAUCCAGUUUAUGUCAAUCAAACUGUUUUGCUAACUCUGAGACAAAAGUCAUUAACGGCAGAAUUUUUAGACUCUGAGUUAGCCCUACGCCUUCCCUCCUUAUUUAUUAGUUAUCUUAUUUUUUAAAUGUAAGUAAAAUCUGAGUCAUUUUUUUUCUUGGUUAAAUGACUUUGCAGCAGCUGUGUCUCCACAUAUUCUCAGACGCUGUCAUGCAGAAAUGUAUUACAGACAACAAGUGACCCAGAUUUGAAAUGCAUAAUGUUAUUAAAUAGAUACCACUAUAAUAAUAUGGAAUAAAUUUUAUAUGUUAAGACAUGCCAAAAACAUAUUUUCUGCACUGAUUAUCCCUGUCCUGUCACAAUUAUGGGAGAAAAUAUUAUUAUUGUAUUGUUUGUAAUGAUAACAGUUACGUGUCUUCGAUUUUAUUCUUGCAGAAGGAAUGGAGAAAGGCGAUAGCUACUUGUUUGCUAAAUUUUGUUUGAAUCUGAUUGACUAAAUGCUUACCAGAAUUGUUACUCUCAUAUUAGUAAGUAAAAAAUUAGUUUCACUGAUGGUAUUUGGUGUACACACUUUUGUGACUGUUUUAUUCCAUAAGACUUGGUGUUAACAUUCUUAGGCUUGCAAAUUUUUAUUAUCAAUGUGAAAACUUUACAUAAACUUUAAUGUUACUAUAUGGCAAUUUA